CACAUAACAGCACAUAUUGCUUAAUGUAAAAGGCUUCAUGGAGCUACCUGAGUGAGUCACAAAAUUCAAAAUCAACUUUUAUUUUUAUUUGAAUGAAAUCGUUCUGUUUACUGCUCCUGAGCAAUUCUCUGGAAGAGAACUCCAUAUCCCACAAUUCCUACUUCCGCAACCUAGCAGGGCAUGUUGACUAGCAUUAGAAGAAGUAACGUUACUUCAGUCUCGUCCCUGCUUGUUCGCUAGCUAGCUAGUUGCAGUGACAAGAAGGAGCACACCGAUCAAAUGCAGACAGCCCGAGAAAUGAAAGGUAAUCAUUUGAAAACAAUUUAAAUAGUCUUUGUCAGAUUGAAGCCGGUGCACUCAGACCCAGCUAGCCGUAGAUGCUAAGUUAGCUCUCAAAGUAACUUAGCCUUUGAAGAUCUUCAGCAGCAUAUCAGACAUCUCUCUGAAACUGGAUGAGUGUAAACACGAAGACGAAAUGUUAAAAGGAGUCAGGUGUGUAUCCCUGCCCUAAGUAGCAGUGAUGGAUGGAGAAGCCCACAAGGGGACUGUGUCAUGGGAGGAUGGUACUCUGGCUCCCGUGGACCACCUUCGCACAGAGAGGGCGGACAGCCCCACACCAGGUCUGGUGGAGGGAACUGAACCAGGUGCCGGUCAGAAGAGUGCUAUGUUUGUUCAUGCACAGUCUUUCGAGGAUCUGACUGCUGAGGCUGAGGAAGAGGUUCGGAGGGAGGAUAAACCAGGAGAGUGUGCAGAAGAGCUCAAGGUGCUGGUGGGAGAGAAAACCAUAGAGGAACAACACAACAACGAUGUUACAUCAGAGAGUAGGACUAAGGAGGAAGACGUGACUGGUGAGGCAUGGAGGAGCCACAGAAAACACGUGUUUGUGCUGAGCGAGGCUGGUAAGCCAAUCUACACCCGCUAUGGCACGGAGGAGGCUCUGUCCAGCACCACGGGGGUCAUGAUGGCCCUUGUAUCCUUCGUUGAGGCCGAGAAGAACGUAAUUCGUUCCAUCCAUGCAGAUGGCUGUAAAGUGGUUUUCCUCAGCAAGAGUCCUCUGGUCCUGGUGGGUGUGUCUCGAACCUGUCAGUCAGACAAAGAGCUGCUGCGGGAGCUGCAGUACAUCUACUACCAGAUCGUCAGCCUGCUUACCCUCACCCAGCUCAACCACAUCUUCCAGCACAAGCAGAACUACGACCUGCGCCGCCUGCUGGCCGGCUCCGAGUACCUCACUGACAACCUGCUGCAUCGGCUGGACCGAGACCCCGGCCUGCUGCUCAGCGCCGUCACAUGCCUGCCUCUGGCCAGCUCUGCAAGGGACAUGGUCUCAUCGAGCCUGCAGGCCGCCAAAUCCAAGAGCCUGGUGUUCUCCAUCCUGCUGGCUGGAGACCGCCUGGUUACUCUUGUGAGGAAAAAGGACCAGUUCCUGCACCACAUAGACUUGCACCUGGUCUUCAACCUCGUCGGCUCCUCCUCGUCCUUUCGAGAGGGUGAAGGCUGGACGCCGAUCUGUCUGCCGAAGUUCAACACUGCAGGAUUUUUCCACGCUCACAUUUCCUAUCUGGAGCCUGCGUCCGAGCUCUGUCUCAUCCUGGUCUCAACUGAUCGAGAGGACUUUUUUAACAUGUCCGACUGCAAGCAACGGUUCCUGGAGAGGCUGAGCAAGCGCAGUGCCUACCAGGCCCUGAAAGAAGCUCUUAAAUGUCCCAGCUAUUCUGUGGCGCAGGUCGGCAUACCGGAGCUCAGGCACUUCCUGUACAAAUCAAAGAGCUCAGGGCUGUACACCAGUCCAGAGUUCCCUGAAGUGUACCAGUCUGAUAAAGAGCAGGAAAGGUUGAUGGGACUGUACCAGGACCUCCACAGCAGCUUGCAUCAUCCAACCAGACCUCUCCGCUCCUUCUACCGCUGUAGUGAAACUGAAAACCUGCUGGCAUGGGUAACAAGUGGCUUUGAGCUCUACCUCUGCUUCAGUCCGCUGGGGACCAAGGCCUUGGCCGUCUCUGCUGUCAACAAACUGCUGAAGUGGAUCAGGAAGGAGGAGGAUCGCCUCUUCAUCCUGAGUCCUCUCACAUACUGAGCCCUCGCUGCCGGCUGAAACACCUGAAAAACAAAAAGCAUCACCUUAAACAGUGAUGGCCUGGUGCUAACAACCGCUGCGGAUGAUGCAGUAGUCCGUUCAGUGUUCACAAAUGAUUGUCAGAGCUAUGCUUUUUAUUUUUUAUAUUUUAUUUUUUUUGCUUCCAGGUUCCUCUGAUCUAAUUCUCAGAUGUGUAAUGAAGAUAACUUAAAGAUGUAUUUUAUCUUGCUAGAGUUUUUAUUAGUUCAAUUUGAGUAACAACAGAUGGAAGCGGCAUCAUUGAAGACACAAUAACAACAUGCACUGUGGUGUUUGUUUGCUGUCGUUUUAACUUUAACAGACCUAUUAAUGCCUCUCAGAAUACGGAAGAUGCUGUCUUUGUUUUAUAAAUCCUUUCUGUUCUGUUCUUCAAAAUCAAGAAUAAAAUUGGAAUUUUAAAAACUGGAAUUUUCUGAGGACCUGCAGUACAAUGUGAUCACUUGUUAAAAGGUAUACUGUCAAAAUAUGGGUUAACAACAUUGCUGUCGUGUUAAUAAGUCAACCAAUCGUAAUUUAAAAUCUAUGCACAUUUCUUAAUGCAAAAGGCACGCCUUAGAGAAAUAAGUUCAUGAGUAUGUAAACUGCUGUCAUUUUUCUGUGUUGAUCAAAACUUCCAGUUACCAAUAGAAUGUUCUCUAGCUUACCAUAAUAUGUAAAUUAAUCGAGAAAAGUACUGAAUUGUAUUUGCUUGUGUCUAAUCAUCAAGGUUCACCGUACUUCAUGGGAUCCAGCUUUGCUUUGAGGAAUCCAACGUUGGAACAUCUGUCUCCACUAAAUCAUGCCUUAACUAAUGGUUAUUGUACAAAGCCAAUAUAAGGUGACAGUGCAGAUUUAGGGCUGCUGCACAAUUCUUGAUUUAUUAGAUAUAAUUAAACAUAUGGCUGGUAUUAAAACAGA